CUCACUGAGUCAUCAUUCAUCUCUUCCUCACUGAGUCACUACUACUGCUACAAAAAAAAAACAGAGCUAUGUUUCGUUAUUUCAGUUACCUUUUCAUCGUCUUCCUUUUCCUUUCCCGCCCUUCUUUCAGUAUCAGGCUCACACCGGACUCCACUCCUGUCAUAUCCACCGACACCCAUGACACCACCGUCGUCGAUACCCACAACGCCAAGUGGCAUGAUUUCGCUCGCUUCCUAUACGCUGAAAAGGGUACUAAAGUCGAUGGCAUGUCGGAGCUCAAGAAAUACUUCCACCGUUUCGGCUAUCUUCCUGCAAACCUAAAUUUCACCGAUUUUUUCGAUUCUGAAUUCGAGUCGGCGAUUCUAACUUACCAAACCAAUCUUGGUUUACCUAAGACCGGUAAGUUAGAUUCUGACACCAUCUCUACGAUCAUGUCUCCUAGAUGUGGCUUUCCAGAUAUAAAUAUGGACGAAGAUACAGACAGUUCGUUGCAUGUUACAGAACAUUAUGCACAUUUUAAGGGUGAUAAGAAGUGGGUUAAGGAAUUGCCGAUGAUAUUAACGUAUUCAUUCUCGAAGAAUGAUAUAAUUGACUACAUAAGUGUAGAUGAUAUUAAGGUUAUAUUCAAGAGUGCUUUUUCGAGAUGGGCGUCGGUUGUUCCGGUUAAUUUCACAGAAGUUGAGGAUUACUAUACGGCCGAUAUUAAAAUAGGGUGGUACAGCCAUGAUCACGGUGAUGGACAUCCGUUUGAUGGGGUUUCAGGAGUAUUAGCACAUGCUUUUUCACCAGAAUAUGGGAAGCUUCAUCUGGAUGCAGAUGAAACAUGGGCCUUUGAUUUCGACAAGGUUAAGUCGAGGGUAGCCGUUGAUUUAGAAUCAGUAGCAACUCAUGAAAUUGGACAUUGUUCGCAGGAAAAUAUUUCCAUACUCGAAUCUUUGAAUUUAUAGAUGGGUACUGUGUGGAUCGAUGCUUUAACCGGUUCAGUCUAAAAAGUUGAACAGGGUUUGAUUUAUCUAAAUUAAAACAUUAAUCUGGAGGUUAAAAAACCCAAGCAAGAUUAUUGUUUAAACUACUCCUACUCCUAAAUUAACCAACCGCGGAGGUUGGGGAUAGAAAAGCACAGGGCUUUGAAGUUGUAUUUGUUUGAUUGAUUUGAGUUGU